AUGGCUUCAGGAAUCCUGAUGAACAUACAAGAGGAAGUGACCUGCCCCAUUUGCCUGGAGCUUCUGACGGAACCCCUGAGCCUUGACUGCGGCCACACCUUCUGUCAAGCCUGUAUCACCGCAAACAACAAGGAAUCCAUAGUUGGCCAAGAGGGGCACAAAAGCUGCCCUGUAUGCAGAGUUAGUUUUGUGCCUGGGAACCUGCGGCCUAACAGGCAUGUGGCCAAUAUAGUGCAGAGGCUCCGAGAGGUUAAGGUGAGCCCAGAGGUGGAACAAGAGAGAAAUCUCUGUGCUCACCAUGGAGAGAAGCUCCACCUCUUCUGUGAGCAGGAUGGGAAGGUCAUUUGUUGGCUUUGCGAGCGAUCUCAGGAGCACCGAGGUCACAACACAUUCCUCAUGGAGGAGAUUGCACCACAGUACCAGAAAAUGCUCCAAUCAUGUCUGCAGAGGCUGAAGGGGAAAAAACAGGAAGCUGAGGAGUUGGAAAUUAAAGUCAGAGAAGAGAUGUCUACUUGGAAGACUCAAAUAGAAACUGAGAUACAAAGUGUCCAGGGAGAGUUUACACAACUAAGACAAAUCCUGGACAGUGAGGAGGCGAAGGAACUGAGAAAACUGCAGGAUGAGUUGGGAGUUAUUCUCAAAGUGCUGGCAGAAUCUGAGAAUGAUCUGGACCAAGAGAAGCUGUUGGUGAACAACCUCAUCUCAGAUGUGGAGCGCCAUUUGCAGGGAUCAACAAUGGAGCUGCUGCAGGAUGUGAAUGUUAUCAUGAAAAGGAGUAAAACCGUGGCUCUGAAAGAGCCAAAAACUUUCCCCAAGGAACAGAGGAGAGUGUUUCGAGCUCCUGAUCUGAGAGAGAUACUGCGUGUGUUUAAUGGUGAGGAAUAUAUGCAACGCUACUGGGUUCAGGUGACCCUGAAUUCUCCCAAGAAUGCAAAUGUCAUUUCUCCGGAUCAGAGACAAGUGAGAUAUGCAUCCAGUUACCAAUGCUAUAAUGCAUAUUCAGAGGAUAAUUAUGAAGAUUUUGGUGUCCUGGGCUCCCCAGUUAUCACAUCAGGGAGACAUUACUGGGAGGUAGACGUGUCAAAGAAACGUGCCUGGAUCCUGGGGAUAUGUGAUGAAAACUGUAAAAAUAUCAUGAAGUUACCAUUAGAACUUGGAAAUUAUGGAAAUAGAAAUUGUCAAAAUGUUUACUCAUUACAUAAACCUAAAAAAGGAAAUUGUGGAAAUGGUAAAAAUGUUUAUUCAAGAUAUCAACCUAAAAAUGGCUAUUGGGUCAUAGGGUUAAAACAGGAUUCUGUGUAUAAUGCCUUCUUAGGUAUUGGGAUUUUAACCCUCUCCCUGGGUGUUUCUCCCCAUCGUGUUGGGGUUUUCCUAGACUAUGAGGCUCGCACUGUCUUAUUUCUCAAUGUCACCAACUAUGGGUUUCCCAUUUAUAAAUUUUCUUUUUGUUCCUUUCCUCAGAAAGUAGUUCCAUAUUUCAAUCCUAUGAACUGUCAUGCCCCCAUGACUGUGUGCUCACCAAGCUCACAGACAGUGAGGAGCAGGUGAGCCACUGCCAUGGCUUCAGGAAUCCUGAUGAACAUACAAGAGGAAGUGACCUGCCCCAUUUGCCUGGAGCUUCUGACAGAACCCCUGAGCCUUGACUGUGGCCACACCUUCUGUCAAGCCUGUAUCACUGCAAACAACAAGGAAUCCAUAGUUGGCCAAGAGGGGCACAAAAGCUGCCCUGUAUGCAGAGUUAGUUUUGUGCCUGGGAACCUGCGACCUAACAGGCAUGUGGCCAAUAUAGUGCAGAGGCUCCGAGAGGUUAAGGUGAGCCCAGAGGUGGAACAAGAGAGAAAUCUCUGUGCUCACCAUGGAGAGAAGCUCCACCUCUUCUGUGAGCAGGAUGGGAAGGUCAUUUGUUGGCUUUGCGAGCGAUCUCAGGAGCACCGAGGUCACAACACAUUCCUCAUGGAGGAGAUUGCACCACAGUACCAGAAAAUGCUCCAAUCAUGUCUGCAGAGGCUGAAGGGGAAAAAACAGGAAGCUGAGGAGUUGGAAAUUAAAGUCAGAGAAGAGAUGUCUACUUGGAAGACUCAAAUAGAAACUGAGAUACAAAGUGUCCAGGGAGAGUUUACACAACUAAGACAAAUCCUGGACAGUGAGGAGGCGAAGGAACUGAGAAAACUGCAGGAUGAGUUGGGAGUUAUUCUCAAAGUGCUGGCAGAAUCUGAGAAUGAUCUGGACCAAGAGAAGCUGUUGGUGAACAACCUCAUCUCAGAUGUGGAGCGCCAUUUGCAGGGAUCAACAAUGGAGCUGCUGCAGGAUGUGAAUGUUAUCCUGAAAAGGAGUAAAACCGUGGCUCUGAAAGAGCCAAAAACUUUCCCCAAGGAACAGAGGAGAGUGUUUCGAGCUCCUGAUCUGAGAGAGAUACUGCGUGUGUUUAAUGAGCUGACAGAUAUGCAACGCUACUGGGUUCAGGUGACCCUGAAUUCUCCCAAGAAUGCAAAUGUCAUUUCUCCGGAUCAGAGACAAGUGAGAUAUGCAUCCAGUUACCAAUGCUAUAAUGCAUAUUCAAAGGAUAAUUAUGAAGAUUUUGGUGUCCUGGGCUCCCCAGUUAUCACAUCAGGGAGACAUUACUGGGAGGUAGACGUGUCAAAGAAACGUGCCUGGAUCCUGGGGAUAUGUGAUGAAAACUGUAAAAAUAUCAUGAAGUUACCAUUAGAACUUGGAAAUUAUGGAAAUAGAAAUUGUCAAAAUGUUUACUCAUUACAUAAACCUAAAAAAGGAAAUUGUGGAAAUGGUAAAAAUGUUUAUUCAAGAUAUCAACCUAAAAAUGGCUAUUGGGUCAUAGGGUUAAAACAGGAUUCUGUGUAUAAUGCCUUCUUAGGUAUUGGGAUUUUAACCCUCUCCCUGGGUGUUUCUCCCCAUCGUGUUGGGGUUUUCCUAGACUAUGAAGCUCGCACUGUCUUAUUUCUCAAUGUCACCAACUAUGGGUUUCCCAUUUAUAAAUUUUCUUUUUGUUCCUUUCCUCAGAAAGUAGUUCCAUAUUUCAAUCCUAUGAACUGUCAUGCCCCCAUGACUGUGUGCUCACCAAGCUGUUGA